AUGCCGUCCUACCGUGCAGUGCAAGUCCAAAAGUUGACCAAGGACUUCCGUGUCGCCACCGAAAUUGUGGAUGUCCCGGAACUGCCCACUGCUGGUCCUGACAGUAUCGUUGUCAAGAACCGCUUCCUGGGCAUCAACUCGACCGACGUCAACCUCACGAAUGGCAUGUACCAUGACAAAUUGCCGUUUAUCGCUGGUGUCGAAGGUGCAGGCCUCGUCACUGAGGUCGGAAGUAAUGUAUCGACUGUGAAGGUUGGAGACGCCGUCAUGUACCAGACGCUUGGAGCUUAUGCUGAAUACGUGCAAGUGCCAGUGUCGGCUGCUAUCAAGAUCCCGGAGCUGUCGAAGAACGCGCUCCCCGUCGCAGUGGGCGGCGUCUCUGCGUCCAUUUGCCUUGAACAUCUCGGAGAGAUGAAGUCGAACGAGACCGUUCUCGUUACUGCGGCUGCUGGGGGCACCGGACAGUUCGUCGUGCAGCUCGCUAAAAUGGCAGGUAACCACGUUAUCGGCACUACCAGCUCGGACGAGAAGGUGGAAGCUCUGAAGACGCUCGGAUGUGACCGUGUGAUCAAUUACAACAAGGAGAACGUCAGUGACGUGCUCAAGAAGGAGUAUCCGAGUGGAGUGGACAUCGUCUUCGAGUCCAUUGGAGGCGAAAUGUUCCGUGCUGCUGUCGAGAACAUCGCAGUUCAUGGUCGGAUCAUCAAGAUCGGCUUCAUCUCGCGAGUGUUGGAGACCAAAGACAAGGAGAACGCUCCGAAACCUGCGCCGCUGCUAUCGUGGGAAGCGAACGAGAAGAUUCUCAUGAAGUCUGCAUCCAUUCGAGGGUUCUUCAUGUAUCAUUUUGAAGAGCACAUUCGAGAACACACGGAACGGUUGUUGAAGCUCAUUAACGAGGGAAAAUUGAAGCCUGGUGUGGAUCCCACAGAAUACAAGGGAUUCCAGUCCAUUCCUGAUGCCAUCGACCGCAUGUUCGCCCGUGAAAACGUAGGAAAACUCGUCGUAGAGCUCGAGUAA